AUGCCGUCGUCCACCACCUCAUCGGCCGCGCGACGUCGCGUGGCGUUCAGUGGCGCCGACGUGAUCGAGUACGACGCGGCGCUCGCCCCCGUCGUCCGUCUGUGUGGCGUCCCGUCUGCCGCGGCCGACGCAGCGCUCGAGUGCCAAGCGCGAGGCGUCGCCACAGUGCCGCAGCUGGUCGCGCAAUACACAGCGGAGCUCCAGCACGCGAUCCGCGCGCGUGGCUUUCAGCCAAUGAGCGACGACCUGCAAACGCUGCAGACGCAGCACCACGUGAUUGAACUGUUGUACGUGUGGACAGCGGUUGGGGUUGAGGCUCAUGCAGACGCGACCGACGUGGCGACGCUGCGACGCGCGCGAUUGGCGACAAAGCUUCUGGACGGACGUGUCGACGAUGGCUACGCUUUUGGCCGUCGGUUCUUCGCUGUGCCGGUGUACGUGGAGUCGCUGAGCGCCGAGGAAGUGGUACAAGCGGCAGAAGCGCGGAACGUGAGUCUUCAGCAGCUGGACGAGCAGCAAAAAGCAGCUGUCAAAGCACUGGACCGAGAGCUCGUGGGGUGUCAUGGGACCGCAGAAGGCCGACCGCUGCGGUCGUUGACGUGGAGGCAAUUGAUGGAGGAAGCACAGGCUCGCGGGCUGGCUGGGAAACGAGGCGACGCUGGGAAGGACAGCAAAGGGAAAAAGAGCAAACGAGCGUGGGUAGACGAGUUGCGGCCGGUGCUGAUCGCUGAGGUCCGAGCGGCCAAGAUCCAAGAACAGGAGGAGCUGCUGUUGCGUGCACGACUCACGGUCGAGAUGGAGCGAGAGCAGGAGCGGAAGCAGCAGCAGCGGCUCGUGCAGAUCAUUGAGGCGAUGGUGCCGCAGGCGGUGACGAAAGACGGUGACGAAGCGAGUGGCGCUGACUGUGUGGAACCGGAAGGUGACGACGUGGUAGGAAGAAGAGGAGAGCUCGUCGUUGGUGAUGAGAGACAGGGAUGGGAAAAGGGUGACACACGCACGUUCUUGGCAGCGCUGGCCAAGACCUUGUGUAUACCUAGGGAUUGCACGGAGGAUGUCGAUAUGGAGAAGUAA